AUGUUUAACAAAACAGAAAUACUAUUGUACUAUUGGUGUCCUGCGCAAUCUCCAACAACUUGGAAAGGCACAAAGCUCAAAAAAGAUUUAUAUUGUAGAAUUACAUACCGUAUGUUCAACGGUUCUGACAAUAGUCACAUCUCGUUUAACAAUAUUGAUCCGUGCAAAAUAUUAGAAGACAAAAACGAGUCGGUUACUGAAAACGGUUACGUGGACAAACUUUGUAACGAAUAUAAAUCGUGUAUAUCUGCAGACAAUAAAACCAACAUAGGGAUACAAUCGGGAUUAAAUCGAUCGGUUUUUCAUAUUGGAAAUUCAAGAACCGCGACUAGUCUCCGUAUAGAACCCGAUCAUUUACCAGUAAUACACCUCUUAUACGAAGGCUACCCCAAACUCUGGUUGUUUCUAUCGCAAGCCGCAGCGAAAAAAUUAAAAACACUUAUACCACUGGAUCAAGGACAAUUGAUAUUUAUUCAUCCGAAAUUUUUUUUAGAAAAUUAUAUACCAAUAGAAUUGGUAUUGCAAAUUAGAAAUACUGGCAUAUAUAUACACAACCAAAUAUUAUGCACCAAUCUAUAA